GGCCCAGCACUUGAGUUCAGGAGACCCUGCCAAGAGGAAAUCCCCAGGACUGCUGAGGUGGGAUGUGAAAUCCUCCCAGGGUCCACUGACCAGAGGAGGAAGUUGGCUGAAGUUCUGCCUAUUAGUUGAGCAAACAACACAUUUCUCAGAAGGGCGAGGUUCCACCCCUGGAUAUAUGAGACCCUCAGGAACAGGCUCCAGAAGAGUGUCUUCGGAGCAUCUUCUAAGUCUCAUUCCACCAUGAAGCUUACCACCACCUUCCUAGUGUUCUGUGUGGCUCUGCUCAGUGACUCUGGUGUUGCUCUCUUCGUGAACUCGGUGGUCAAACCUGUGGCAGAACCUGUGGCUGCCCUUGCCCCAGCUGCGGAGGCUGUGGCCGGGGCUGUGCCUAGCCUACCAUUAAGCCGUUUGAGCAUCCUGAGGUUCAUCCUGGCCAGCCUGGGCAUUCCGCUGGAUCCCCUUAUAAAGGGCUCCAGCAAGUGUGUCACUGAGCUGGGCCCUGAGGCUGUGGGGGCUGUGAAGACACUGCUGGGAGCCCUGACAGCAUUCGGUUGAGGUGAACCUGGAAGGACUCUGCCUGACAAGAUGUACUCUUCAAUGAAAGAUGGAAACCCUACUGCUCAAACUUCCCUCUGCCUUAAUAAACAUGGCCAGCGUA